UGUGAUUGUUGCCUGAGCAUUUUGGAGUUGAGCCUGUUGAGGGAUUUUUUUCCCAGGGAAGAAAGGCAUUUUGGAUACAGUUUGGUUCUUCAUCCAUCAGUGGUUCCAACAUGGAGAGACCCAACUCACCUGGACGUGAAGCAGACAGGGACUCUGGGGGAUUCGGGGAAAGGACUACACAGACGUUCCUGAAUGUGCACAUAUGGUGCCAGCACUUUAGGCAUUCCUCCUUCCGAGAGGGCGAGGGACCCAGAGAGAUUUGCAGCCGCCUCCACUCUCUCUGCCGCCAGUGGCUGAAGCCAGAGCGACACACCAAGGCGGAGAUGCUGGACCUGGUGAUCCUGGAGCAGUUCCUGAGCAUCCUGCCCCCAGAGAUGGGGAGCUGGGUCCGAGAGUGUGGGGCAGAGACCUCUUCCCAGGCGGUGGCCCUGGCGGAAGGCUUCCUCCUGAGUCGGGCAGAGGACGAGAAGCAGGAAGGACAGGCCCAAAAUAACUGCAUUGAAGUCCAGCCUGAUGUCCCUGCAUCAGAGAAAUCUCACUCAGACACCACCCAGAGCCUCCAGCAGAAAGAGUUCAAGCAGGAAGGAGAUGGGGCUGCAGCCUUGGAGGAGGCUGGAAUGAUGUUGGCAAAACCAGAGUCGUUUCUUCCCCUUUGUGAUGAAGUGGAACUGAAUCAGGGCCCAAUGGCCUUUGAGGACGUGGCUGUCAAUUUCUCUUUGGAGGAGUGGGCUCUUCUGAAUCCUAAUCAGAAAGCCUUGCACUUGCAGAUCAUGGAGGAGAUUCAUGGGAUGGUGGACUCUCUUGCAGAUAACUGGAAGAAGAGCAGUGUAUACACCAAACACAGUAAGCAUUUUGAGCAAGAUGGGGGCUUUCCUAGACACCAGCAAACCCACAGUGAAGAUGGAGGAUCUGCCAGAGAAAGGCCCCACAAAUGCAAUGUGUGUGGCCAAUGUUUUACUCAAAAUAUGGCACUUCUGCUUCACAAGACACUCCAUGCUGGGACAAGCCAUCUUAAAUAUAAAGUAUCAGCUGAAUGUGUUGCUGAUUACAAAUUGCCACAUUGGAGCCAAGAUGAAAGCUUUGAAGGAACUGAGGAUUUCAUAAGCCUGGAGUGUAGGAAAUCUUUUAUCCAGAGUUCACACUUAGAGAAACAUAAGGGAUUUCACACAGGAGAGAAGCCGCAUCAAUGCCAGGAGUGUGGGAAAUGUUUUGUUCGCAGUUCAGCCUUGGUGAGCCACAAAAGAGUCCACACAGGAGAGAAACCAUACCAAUGCCAGGAGUGUGGGAAAUGUUUUGUUGACAGUUCAGCCUUGGUGAGGCACCAAAGACUCCACACAGGAGAGAAGCCAUACCAAUGCCAGGAGUGUGGGAAAUAUUUUGCCGACAGUUCAGCCUUGGUGAGGCACAAAAUACUCCACACAGGAGAGAAGCCAUACCAGUGCCAGGAGUGUGGGAAAUGUUUUGCUGACAAAUCAGCCUUGUGGAGCCACAAAAGAGUCCACACAGGAGAGAAGCCAUACCAAUGCCAUGAAUGUGGGAAAUGUUUUGCACGCAGUUUUGGUUUGGUAAGCCACAAAAGACUUCACACAGGAGAGAAGCCAUACCAUUGCCAGGAGUGUGGGAAAUCUUUUGCUCGUAGUUCAAACUUGGUGAACCACAAAAGACUCCACACAGGAGAGAGAACAUACAAAUGCCACGAGUGUGAAAAAUGGUAUUCUUGUAAGUCAUCACUUCUGAGACACCAGAGUGUCCACACAGGAGAGAAGCCACCCCAAUGCCAGUUAUGUGGGAAGUAUUUUGCUGACAGUUCGGCCUUGCUGAGGCACAAAAAACUCCACACAGGAGAGAAGCCAUAUCCAUGCCAGGAAUGUGGGAAAUGUUUUGCUGACACUUCAGCCUUGGUGAGCCACAAAAGACUUCACACAGGAGAGAAACCAUACAAAUGCCAGGAGUGUGGAGAAUGUUUUGCUCGCAGUUCACUCUUGGUGAGGCACAAAAGACUCCACACAGGAGAGAAGCCGUACCAAUGCCAGGAGUGCGGGAAAUGUUUUGUUGACAGUUCAGCCUUGCUGAGCCACAAAAAACUCCACACAGGAGAGAAGCCAUACCAAUGCCUGGAGUGUGGGAAAAGUUUUGCUCGCAGUUCAAACUUGAUGAGGCACCAAAGUGUCCACACAGGAGAGAGACCAUACAAAUGCCAGGAGUGUGGGAAAUUGUAUUCUUGCAAGGCAUCACUUCUGAGACACCAGAGCACCCACACAGGAGAGAAGCCAUACCAAUGCCAGGAGUGUGGGAAAUGUUUUACUCAGAGUUCAUACCUUGUGAGCCAUCAGAGAAUUCAUACAGGAGAAAAACCACCCAAAGAACUGGAACAAAAGUAAUAAAAUGAAUUGCAAAAGGAAAAUUGCAGGUUUGGAUAUUCUGGUCCUGUGGACUAUACAUUCAACAUUUCCUGAUGAGCACAUGAUUCCCUUGGCUUCAAUGAGCACUUGGCUUGACUUCGGACUGAUGUCCUAGACUACCCUCUUCUUGGGUUUGAACUCUGUACAGGUUUUUUGCUUUGCUUGACUUGGGGCUGUUUUGGAGAACUCUUUUGCUUCACCAGGGGACUGGACUGGCUUUCCUCUCUUCUGCCUUUGUGGUUAGAUAUCACAUUUCAAACAGGACUGUUUGGGAAGAUUUUGUAGAGUCCACUUUCUUGUCCCGUGACAAUUCUUCAGAGGGUUAAAUAUGAUUGUCAUGUCAUAGAG